AUGGACGGUGGACACAGCCUCAGGAUGGACGUUACUGUCCGAGAGCUCAUGGAGCUCUUUCUACAGAGCCCGUUGGUGGCGGGGGUGACCCGCCACCAGGAGAGCCUGUUGGACCUGCAGUGGUUGGAGGUCCCAGACAUGGCCCUGGAGGAGGUGGAGUACCUCUCCACCAACAUGAUCUGUCGCCUCAGGAGGGUCUUAAUUGAGCAAGACCAUUGCAGGAAGCUGGUCGUGACCAUGACCCAGGAGUGGAACACGAGCAUCCGCCCCAGCGAGGACAAGCAGCACCUGGCCAUGGAGCUGGCGGACACCAAGGCCACGCUGAGAGGCGUCAGGCAGGAGCUGGAGGAGAAGACGAAACAGCUGUCGGACACCAGGCAUCAGUUGUACCAGCUAGUGCUGGAGCUGCAGGAGACCCGGCACAAUAACAUGGAGCUGGCGGCCACUGCCCAGGCUGCUCGUGCCCCCCUCCCUGAGCUGGACUCCCUGAGGAAGAAGGUUAACCUCAUGGAGAGGCUGGAGAUGGAGCUGAUGGGCCUCAGGCAGAAGGAGAAAGACAUAGACUUCUAUGCAGCCGUGCGGACUGGAGACGAUUAUUCAAUGGACACCAAGGGCCACCUCCAGGAGCAUUGGAUUCGGUAUUGGAUUGAUAAGCUAUUCGAGCGGGAGGAGGAGAAUGUGCAGCUGAAAUCGAAGCUGCACCACCUACAAUUGGACCGGGACACAUACCAGAAAUGCCUUGAGGAGCUGUGGGAAGAGAACAUGGCCCUCAAGACUGCACAGGGGCAGAGUGUGGAGGAGUCUGCCCACCUACGCUGGGAGCUGGAGCAGCUGUCAGAAGGUAAAGCAGAAGCUGAGGCCCCUGGAAUAUGGGCUCUGACUCCACUUUGCUCUUCAGCCUCCAGCUGCUUCCUGAAGCUGGACCAGGAGAAGCAGAGCCUCCAGGGCACCAUCCAGGGGCUGCGGGACGCCUCCCUGGCCCUGCAGGAGAGCAGCCUCCAGCGCCAGGAGCUGGAAGAGGAGAACCAGCAGCUCAGAAAGCAGAUUGAAGACUUGCGAGUUCAGAUGGAAAGAGAAAAGCAGACCAGCCAGGUUCUGGAGACUCUCUGUGAGGAGCUGGUGGAGGAGAGAGAACAGCUGAUCCGUGACAAGAAGACCCUGAAGGCUGAGAAAGCCCAGGAGUUCAAGGAUCUGAAAAAAGUGGUGCAUUCACUGCGGGAUAGUUCACAGACCAGCAGCAAGGCCCGCAUGAAGGGCAGGAAGACUGAGCAAAAAGUCCUCCUCCAGACGGUGACGGACACCAAAAGGAAAGUGACCAUGAUGGAGUGGGAGCGGCGGCAGCUGUGCCGGGACCUGGAGCAGGUGAAGGAGCACGUGGUGCGGGCACAGGAGCUGGAGCAGGAGCUGCAUCGGCUGCAGGAGGAGAUCGAGAAGCUGGCCAUGGAGGUCAGCGCCCUGACGACGGCCCCUGAGAGGGUCCACGCCCUGGAGUGGGAAAGCCAGGACCUGUUGCUGGAGAACCAGAGGCUGCAGACGUCUCUGGACACCCUGAAGCCUGAGCGUCUGGAGCGGGACAAGCAGCUGGACACCAGGCAGGUGGAAAAUUCCACUCUGAGCUCCCAGAGCGCCUCGCACACUGCGCUCACAGAGCAGGACACUCAGCUCCAGCACCAGCAGCUGGUGGCAGCCCACCAGGCCCUGCAGCAGGAACACGCGAGCCUAGGCGCACUCUACGAGCACCUGACUAAGGAGCACAAGGCCCUUCUGGACAAGUACCGCCGCCAUAAGACACUGCUGCGUCGGACCCUGGAGCUGGUGAGCAAGGCUCUCAGUGACAGUGAAGAGAAGUAA